GAGAUCUUCUGGUCGCCCCUGCUCAGCUGAACCCGCAUGUCAAACUCUUUUCCAGUUAAAACUCCGCGGUUCGGCCGCGGCUCCUGUUGGGGUCUCAGCCUCCAGAGAGGGCGGGCAGAGCUCUCCACAGCGCCGCCCUCCCUCUCCUCCAGCCCGGCUGCCUCUCCUCCGCGCUGCGCCGCUCCGGACCGGCUGCUUCCUCCUCCUUCCUCUGGAUUUCUGUCAGAUUCUUUGCUUUUUGUUGUUGCUGUGGGGGAUUUUUCUUCUUUCGGUUCCUGAAUGGAGUCGUCCCGACAGGAUUCGGUGACUGACGCGGUAAGCAGUCGCUCGCAGCCCGGUGAAGCCGCCGCGGAGACCCCGCUCCCCGCAGCGGGCAGGACGCACAGCCGCUCCGACUCCUCCGGGUCCAGUCAAAGCAAAGGUUUGUCAGCAGCUGUGAAGAAGACGCACGCUUCUCAGAUUGAGAUCAUCCCCUGUAAGAUCUGUGGAGAUAAAUCCUCAGGGAUCCACUAUGGCGUCAUUACCUGCGAGGGCUGCAAGGGUUUCUUCAGGCGGAGUCAGCAGAGCAACGCCUCGUACUCGUGUCCACGGCAGAAAAACUGUCAGAUCGACCGAACGAGCCGGAACCGCUGCCAGCACUGUCGCCUGCAGAAAUGCCUGGCUGCCGGCAUGUCCAGAGACGCUGUGAAGUUCGGCCGCAUGUCGAAGAAGCAGCGGGACAGUUUGUACGCCGAGGUCCAGAAGCACCGGCUCCAGCAGCAGCAGCAGGCGCCCAGCCGGACCUCCCUCAGCGUCGGCAGCCCCAGCCCGGACGAGGCCGAGCCGCCGUCCCCCCCGUAUACGCUGUGCUCCGCGGGCCUCACGGACCCGGCAGACGACCCGGCCUGCUACACGGACCGGACCACACCAGACGGAGUAUCUCUGACCGCCAAGGCAGAGUCGGGAGCAGGAGACACAAGAUGUGGAGGUUUCUACCUGGACAUCCAGCCGUCUCCGGACCAGUCCGGACUCGACAUCAACGGAAUCAAACCGGAGCCGCUGUACGACUACGGACACGGCGACGACUUCUUCCCUUACUGCUCCUUCAGCAACGGAGACGCUUCUCCAACCCUGACUUUGGCCGAACACGAUCACUUGGCUCAAAUCAUCUGCAAGUCUCACCUGGAGACGUGUCAGUACCUGAGGGAGGAGCUGCAGGAAAUGAGCUGGCAGAGAUUCCUGCAGGAAGAGGUGGAGAAAUAUCAGAACAAGCCACAGGAGGCGAUGUGGCAGCUUUGUGCGGUGAAGAUCACAGACGCCGUCCAGUACGUGGUGGAGUUCGCCAAGCGCAUCGACGGUUUCAUGGAUCUCUGCCAGAACGACCAGAUCGUGCUGCUGAAAGCCGGAUCUUUAGAGGUCAUCUUCGUACGAAUGUGUCGGGUUUUUGACUCCCAGAACAACACCGUCUACUUCGAUGGGAAAUUUGCAAGUCCUGACGUUUUCAAAUCAUUAGGCUGCGAUGAUUUGAUCUCGUCGGUGUUUGACUUCGCUCAGAGCAUGUGUUCGCUGCAGCUGACCGAGGAAGAGUUCGCCCUCUUCUCCGCGUUCGUUCUGCUCUCUGCAGACCGGUCGUGGCUGCGGGAGAAGCUGCAGGUGGAGAAGCUGCAGCGGAAAACCGAGUCGGCCCUGCAGCACGUCCUGCAGAAGAACCGCAGAGACGACGGAGUUCUGGAGAAGCUGCGGUGCAAGGCGUCGGCGCUGCGCGCUCUCUGCGGCCUCCACUCAGAGAAGCUCGCGGCGUUCAGAACCGUCUACCCAGACGCGGUCCGAACGCUCUUCCCUCCGCUCUACAAGGAGCUGUUUGCUGCCGACCUGGACGGGACUCUGCACUGAACGCCAGAACCGGUCCGGUCCCAGCAGGACUAAUCCUGAGGAAUCUGAUUUUAUGGUUGCACUACUGCACUGAUCCGGGAGCAGCAGCACCCUGGAGGUUCUGGUGCUGGAAACAUGUGGACUACUGCAGGACUGCUGACUCACACCGCGCUGACUGAGCAAUAACGUCCGAGCUACUGAUUCAUCCUGAAACUCAGGCUUUUAUACAGAAAACCCAGUUUCUUGUACAGAUUGUUAAGCGGUUUUAGUUUCUUUCUCUCUCCGUAUCGAAGUUCAGCUGGAGGAGAUUCAUUUUCUCCAGCUGAAAUUUCUCUGCUUUUGAGUUUCAAAUCACUUUUGAUGCAAAUCCAGGCAAAAAUAAAUCCCAGAAACGACACUAAGCUCAUUUAUUUACCUGAUGGAUAUUUUAUAACACCUACUGAACCUGGUUUCAUGUUCGGCUUUGAGAUUCAGUUUCCUCGACUCCAUAAUUAACAGCAAUAUUUAGCCAAGAGAGAAAAACAGGGGUUAAUUUUUCAAAGUUAUAUUUUCUCCAUUUUAUUCAAUCAUUUUUAAAUGUCACAGUUUGCCUUGAACUAAAUAUUUACUUCAGAGAUAGCUAUAUAGUUAGUUUGCUAACUAAAAAUUUAGCUUACGCUUCGCUGAGUGUUUAGCUAGCGCUGAGCUAAAUGUCUCUAGUUAGCUACUUAAAAAUCAUGCUAAAGUUGGCUAACUACUUAGCUACCAUAAGCUAAAUAUUUAAUUAGUAAUCUAAAUAGCUAAUGCAGAACUGGCUAACUGUUUAAAUCAGAGCUACGUACAUAUUUAGCCACCAAGCUAAAUAUUUAGUUUGAAGUUAAUUUAGUUAGCAAAUAAAUACUUAGCCUAAUUAAAUAUUUAGUUUGAAAAUGUGACAUUACAGAGGAAAUAUAUAAGUGAGUGAAAAACAUGAUGAUUGAUUGUUAGCAGCUGAAAAUGUCCAAAACAGCUUUCCGUAGAUCAGCAGCCAUGUUGUUCAAAGAUGCAGCUGCAAGAGUGAAGAACAAAUUUUCCCUCCACUUUUCUAAAAAUGUUUUCGCAUAUUCAAAAUGUUUAGCAGUUAAAUAAAUAGGUUUUGUGUCAUAGUUGCAAAUCUUUUAGUGUAAAACAACAAAUUAAUCUGAAAACCAGGAAUUUACUAAUAUUUUUAAUGUUUUUGAUCAUUUGGCAUUAUUCAUUUUCAUACAAAACUCCUCCUAAAAAGUGUUUAAAUAUUUCCAGAUGAGGUUAAAGUUCACACAACCUUUCGGUUAUGAUGCAAAAGCUGCAACGAUUAUAAAGCAAUAAACUCCAACCUGGAUUGUUUUCUGGUAAAAAUGUUUAAAAGAUAAAAAUAUUGUCUAGUUAUAAAUAAUCUUUGUGGUAAGGAUUAAAUGUGUACUUUUAUAGAUUUUCAAUAGAUUUUCAUCCAUCCCAGCUGUUCCAACACAGAGCAGAUCCAGAGUUUUAUUUAGGUAAUUUAAUAAACUGCAUUUCUGACUAAAUAUUUAUCUAAAUAUUGAUGUCCAAACUAAUCCAGGUUCCUGGUUAAAUCCUCAGAAAUGCUCAGAUUUGAGUCAAAAUGAACUCAAGCAAAUGUUUUCUUCCAUUUUCCACAAAUAUUCAGGUGAAUAAAUUAUGAUGUCAUAAAUGUUUUAUUUCAGUAAUCAAAAACUUUAUUUCUGUUCAUUUCAGUGAUUCUGACAAUUGAUAAAAAAAAUUAAAAUAUUACACCUAACAGUUUUCAAGGAUUUCUCUGUUGAAAGCAACGACAAAUUACUAGCAGGAAAUUGUUUUUUUCUCUAAAUGCUUGUGCAUUAAAAGUAAACUUUUUGUUUUUUAGGAAUAUUGAAAUCAAGC